CAGCUCUCCUCCACAUUCUCACCGUACGUUCAUCGCCUCCCUGCAGAUCGAAACCACAGACACGCACACCUUCCUCGCUUCUCGCAUCUCAGAUCAGGAAGAAGGAUCGAACGAUCUUGACUGGCCGAUCGAAGUAAUCGAUCCAGGCCGGUGACGAGCAAUGGCGCCGCUGCUCAAGGACGAGCUGGACAUCGUCAUCCCGACGAUCCGGAACCUGGACUUCCUCGAGAUGUGGCGGCCCUUCUUCCAGCCGUACCACCUCAUCAUCGUGCAGGACGGCGACCCGGCCAAGACGAUCAAGGUGCCCGAGGGCUUCGACUACGAGCUCUACAACCGCAACGACAUCAACCGUAUCCUCGGCCCCAGGUCCUCCUGCAUCUCCUUCAAGGACUCCGCAUGCCGCUGCUUCGGCUACAUGGUCUCCAAGAAGAAGUACAUUUUCACCAUCGACGACGACUGCUUCGUGGCCAAGGACCCGUCGGGGAAGGACAUCGACGCGCUGGCGAAGCACAUCCAGAACCUGCUCUGCCCGUCCACGCCGCUCUUCUUCAACACCCUCUACGACCCCUACGCCGACGGCGCCGACUUCGUGCGCGGCUACCCGUUCAGCCUCCGGGAGGGGGUGCCGACCGCCGUGUCGCACGGCCUCUGGCUCAACAUCCCCGACUACGACGCGCCCACGCAGCUGGUCAAGCCGCGGGAGCGCAACGGCAGGUACGUCGACGCCGUCAUGACCAUCCCCAAGGGCACCCUCUUCCCCAUGUGCGGCAUGAACCUCGCCUUCGACCGCGACCUCAUCGGACCGGCAAUGUACUUCGGCCUCAUGGGCGACGGCCAGCCCAUCGGACGCUACGACGACAUGUGGGCGGGAUGGUGCGUCAAGGUGAUCUGCGACCACCUUGGGCUGGGCGUCAAGACCGGGCUGCCCUACAUCUGGCACAGCAAGGCCAGCAACCCCUUCGUGAACCUGAAGAAGGAGUACAAGGGCAUCUUCUGGCAGGAGGACAUCAUCCCCUUCUUCCAGGCCGCAACGCUCUCCAAGGACUGCGACACCGUACAGAAGUGCUACCUAUCGCUCUCGCACCAGGUCAGGGACAAGCUCGGCAAGAUCGACCCCUACUUCGCCAAGCUCGCCGACGCCAUGGUCACCUGGAUUGAGGCAUGGGACACACUCAACCCCAAAGAGGGUGCGCAAGCCAACGGCAAGCCCAAAGGGAAGUAAAUUCAAUCGGGAAGGCAGGCAGUGAGGCGGCGUUUGCCGGCAGCAAGCGUGAUUCGUCAGUUUCUAGGUUCAGUGCGUGCUUCGUCAGUUUGUAGGUUCAGUGCGUGCAUCAGGUAUUCAGGUUCAGGCUGUUGUGUCUUAUGCGAUCGAGUGCGUGUACUUCAAAAACAUUACAGUAGUUGUUGUUCUAUGUCAUGUCUACAUUAAGGGUUCCAUUAGUUCCUCCUUUAAUUUCCUUGGUAAGCGAUGGUGUGUUCUAUUGUUUUGUACGGUUGUACUUUUAGGCUACUCAUCAUGUUUCCGUGUAAUCUGCUGAGAAUAAAAUUGUUCCAAUAAUCA